GCCGCCCUACUGGGCUUUCGGUCGGUGAGGCGCGCUUACCGCCGCGGGUCACCACUGCGCCCGCGCUCGCGCCGGGAUCGCCCUGAGAGGCUCCGAGAUUCGUCCCAAGUCGGGCUGCGGUCCUCUGGACCCUGCGCUGUCAGAGCGGCGAUGGAGGGCGCCCGGGAGAAACCCCCGGAGCCUAGCUCCCCUGCCCUCGGGUCCCGAGAGCCUGCCGGCUUGGCCGGGGGCCCCGAGGUGCUGCCUCCCGAGGAGUCGGAGGGCUGCGCCCGGCCCCCGGAGACGGCCCCCAAGAAACUCUGUGGAUACUUAAGCAAGUUUGGCGGCAAGGGGCCCAUCCGGGGCUGGAAGUCCCGCUGGUUCUUCUACGACGAGAGGAAAUGUCACCUGUAUUACUCGCGGACCGCGCAGGAUGCCAACCCCCUGGACAGCAUCGACCUCGCCAGUGCGGUCUUCGACUGCAAGGCGGACGCCGAGGAGGGAACUUUCGAAAUCAAGACUCCCGGCCGGAUUAUUACCCUGAAGGCCGCCAACAAGCAAGUGAUGCUGUACUGGCUGCAGCAGCUGCAGAUGAAGCGCUGGGAGUUCCACAACAGCCUGCCUGCACCUCCUGUCGUCCCUGACGCUGCCCUGGCUGGGAAUGAGCCUGCCCUGCGCCUUGAGCUAGAGCAAGAGGAGGCGGAGCUGGAGGAGUUCCUGCACCCCGUGAAAACGCCCCCUGGACUUGUGGGUAUGGCAGCCGCCUUGCAGCCAGCCCCAGCCAUGCCCUUGGCCCUUCAGAAUAUUUCCCUCAAGCACCUGGGAACCGAAAUACAAAACACGAUGUACAACAUCCGAGGCAACAGGCAAGCCCAAGGAACAGGCCAUGGACCUCCAGGGGAAGAUCCUCUACCGAGCAGCGAGCCUCAGAGGGCGGAGCGGCCCUCAUCCCCUGACCCCAGUGCCCCAGGGAAAGAUCCAGGGGAGACUCUGAAGCCUGCACCCAAAUCCUCUCUGACUGCCAAUCUCAUUCAGAAAGCCAAGCGCCAGAACAACACCUUCCCACUCUUUGCUGAGGGACUCACACGGAACCGAACUGCCCAGGAGAGAGCCUUGGCCUUGGAGCAACAGGUUCUGAUGCUUACCAAGGAGUUAAAGUCUCAGAAGGAGCUGGUGAGGAUCCUGCACAAAGCUCUGGAGGCCGCACAGCAGGAGAAGAGGGCAACCUGCGCGUACCUGGCAGCGGCGGAGGACAAGGACCGGCUGGAGCUGGUGCGGCACAAAGUGCGGCAGAUCGCGGAGCUGGGCAGGCGGGUGGAGGCCCUGGAACAGGAGCGGGAGAGCCUGGCACAGACGGCGAGCCUGCACGAGCAGCAGGUGCAGGAGCUGCAGCAGCACGUGCAGCUGCUCAUGGACAAGAACCAGGCCAAACAGCAGGUCAUCUGCAAGCUGUCUGAGAAGGUCACCCAGGACUUCAUACAUCCCCCUAACCCACUCCUUGUGCCUCCAGACGCUGCCAACAGGGACUUCCUGAGCCAACAGGAAAAGAUGGAGCAUCUGAAGGAUGACAUGGAAGCGUACCAGACCCAGAACCGCUUCCUCAAUUCCGAGAUCCACCAGGUGACAAAGAUCUGGAGAAAGGUGGCUGAGAAGGAGAGGACCCUCCUGAUGAAGUGUGCCUACCUCCAAGCCAAGAACUGCCAGGUGGAGAGCAAGUACCUGGCAGGGCUGCGGAGGCUGCAGGAGGCCAUGGGGAACCAGGGCAGCGAGUGCGCAGAGCUGCUCAGGCAACUCAUCCAGGAGGCGCUGCAGUGGGAAGCCAGCGAGGCCUCUGCUGACAGUGUUGAGCUGAGCCCCAUCAGCGAGUAUGAUGAGUAUGGCUUCCAGACGGUGCCCAACUACGAGGUGGAAGACCUGAAGCUGCUGGCCAAGAUCCAGGCACUGGAGGUGCGCUCCCACCACCUGCUGGCCCACGAGGCUAUGGAGCGACCCCUGCGAGAGCGCUGGGCUGCCCUGGGUGAGCUCGCACCCUCCGUGGAGCUCAAGCAGCUGCUGCGGAUGGGCGUGUCCCGGGAGCACCGGCCUCGAGUCUGGAGGUGGCUGGUCCACCGCCGCGUGCAGCACCUGCAGGCCCCUGGCCGCUACCAGGAGCUGCUGAGCCGGAGCCAGACCUGCAAGCACCCUGCUGCCCGCCAGAUCGAGCUGGACCUGAACCGUACCUUCACCAACAACAAGCACUUCACCUGUCCCACCUCCAGCUUCCCCGACAAGCUCCGCCGGGUGCUGUUGGCCUUCUCCUGGCAGAACCCCUCCAUCGGCUACUGCCAGGGCCUGAACAGGCUGGCAGCCAUCGCUCUGCUGGUCCUGGGUGAAGAGGAGAGUGCCUUCUGGUGCCUGGUGGCCAUCGUGGAGACCAUCAUGCCAGCUGAUUACUACAGCAAGACGCUGACAGCGUCCCAGCACAGCUGCCUCCAUCAUCUCGCCUCAGCUGUCCGCUGAGCACAGGCUGGGCCUGGAGUCCAGUGAACUGAGAGCCACACUCUCCAGUGUCCAGCUGUGUGGCCUUGGCAAGUGAGAUCACCUCUCUGACCCCAGGCUUGUCCACUUUUGAAUGGGAGGAGCACUACUGCCUGGGUUUGUUGAGGGGUGUAAAUGAAGCCAUUUCAAGCCUCCCAUCUCCACUCUCCCACCUCGCCUGCUCUCCCGCCUCACCCCUUGCCCUGUUCUUGCUGCGUCAGCACCAUCUCUUUUGUGGAGAGAGGCCACCUAGAGGGAACUUUCUCACUCCCAGCCCCAAACCCGCCAAGCCAUUAUCUGCCCGUCCAUCCUGUUCUGUUUUCCUCCCAACUCCAAUUCCUCCUCUGGGACAUCCACCUGGUGCAGGACGCGCAGGAGGGAUGGGUAUUCAGGUGUGGAGUAGACAGGUCAAUCAGACGUAGGCGGUGAAUCGGGUGAGGAUGUUUGGCAGGAAAGCCCAGCUCGCAGCAGCUUACAGGGGGGAUUCUUCUCAGGUAAUGACAAAGCUGAAGGCUCCUCCUGGCCCUCUGCUCUGCCAUCCUGGCGUGGGCCUUCAUCCCCCCGCUCAUCAUGUGGUCCCAGGGUGGCCGUGGCCCAGGCUGGAGGCAACAGAGGGUGGAAGGCAGGAGCUGGCUCCCUUUCCCACAGGCCAGUGCUGUUUCACUAGACCUCCACCCACUCGUCCUUUGAUGACCUUGAAGUAAAUCUCAGACAUCAUAUCAGUUCAUCCUUCAGAAGGUUCAGUGGCAUCUUAGAUUGAGCGAAUUACCCUAGGUUUUGAGCUGGACUCUAGGCCUUCACAGUGGAUGGACCUGGGAUCCUGGGAGAGGAUGGAAGGAAGGGGGGGGAUGGGGGCGCGUGUAGCCAUGGCCAACAGCUAACACCUGGAAGAGGACUUACGUGGAGGAGAGGGCUGAGAAACAGGGUUACAGGAAAACAAGAGCCGCAGGAGGCUUAAUGGGCCUGUCUUGGAGGUGGAAGGUCAACCAGAAAAGAACCAUGUCCUAGAGCAGUAGUUCUCAACCUUGGCUGCACAUUAGAAUCACCUGGGCUCAUCUGAGGCCCAGAAAUCAGGAUUUUAAAAAGCUUCCCAGGUGAUUCUAAUGUGCAGCCAAGGUUGAGAACCACUGUCCUAGAGCCUGGGAAGAAGCCAGUGCUGGGAGUAAUCAGCAGGGUCACGUAAAACAAGGAUGGAGGCAAGACAGUGACUACUCGGAGAGGCCACUGGCAGCCAUUGAUGUCCGGGGCAGCAGGACAGUGUGACUCCCCCCAAACAUGCUCAGAGCAUCUUGUGCCUCAGGCCCAAGUGGGUAUAGAGAAGCAGCUGUGGCAUCAGCUGGUACAAGCUGAGCUGCUUGGCUUGAGGUUCAGAGGAUAAAGGGGCCAGAACUCCACUGUCCAUGAC